GGAUGACGCAGAGGCUGCCUUCGUCCAUUUCGAACUCUAUCGGUCCUGACUUUCCGUAGGGAUGAACCGCCCCCUUGCCUCCAGCUACUACACGCCGUGUGCCUGGGGAAGUCAAUGCAGUGUCCCUCUUGACGACCUCACUCCAGCAGGGGUCUCACGUCACCUGAAGGAGCACCAUUUCCGCGACCCGGCGAAGCCAUGGCACCCCAAGAACCGUGGUCACUGCGAGUGGUGGGAGGCAGACGGUCAGUGCAACAAGGACCUGAACUACGCCAGCUUCGGGAAGCAUGUCGCGGCGCGGCACAUCAAGAAUUACUGCAGUCGCAGCGGCCGCUGCGAGAAGAAAUGAGGGCGUUCUCGCCGACCGGUGCGUCCACGGCGUCAUCAACGACGUGACACAUGGCACUGACACGCCUUCUACAGGUUUUCCCCUGAAGGGUUCGUGGACUGCUGCUGUACUUUUAGUUGCUCGUGUUGUACGUCCUGUGCCUUUCUGUGUAUGUCUGGCGAGUUCUCGGGGGUCUUGCGGUCGAUGCGUGUUGCAUUAUACCCAUACCGCGCGUUUAUGAGGGAAUUUGAUUGUAUCGGGAUGUGUGCAUGUCGUAUAAGCACGAGACGUAGCACAUGUCGGUUUUGUCGCGGACCUACCUUACAGAUACGACGCUACUAAGAGUGAUUUGAAGCCUGCCAGUGCCACGUAUGGAUGCCUAUAUCGAUGUGGCUUCAAUAUCCUUGAUGAUUGCCAGAUUGUCCGGCGGUAUAUGGCGUGCGAACGAAAGGCAUGCUGUAGGUAGCCGACUCAGGGCUUACAGUGCU